AUGGAUGCUGACCAUUAUGAAGAAAAAUAAAAAAUCAUUCAAGAUGCAGUUGAAAAGCAAAAACAAAUUCGUGAUAAACUAAAGGACGAAAUAGACGGAGGAUUAAAGGAACGUACUUAAAAUAAUAAAAAUUUAAAAAAAGCUGAAGACGAUGAACAUUUUAUGGACGAAGAUAUAAUAUAUUUAUUAAAUAAAUUAAAGAAAAUAGAAAAUUAAAUUCUAGGCUACGAAGUCGAAAACGAAAAACUUUCCAAAAUGAUAACAUAGCUCUAAAAAGAGUAAGAAAAAUACGGAAUAGAAGCAACAUAAGCACAUGCAAAAUAUUACUAGACAUGCGAGGAAGUAAAAAUUAAGAUUAACCAAAUAGCAGAAUAAAAAUAAAAAAAUAAUGCAAUUCUUGCCAAAUUAAAACAUUAAUAACAUUUAUAUGAAGCAGUAAGAUCAGAUCAACUUGAAAAAGAAAGAGUUAUGAAAGCUAUCAAAUCCACUGAAGAAGUGAUAAAAAAUCAAGAAAAUCAUAUAUCUAGGCUAAAAUAUACUAUCUAAGAACUCAAAGCCGAAUAAUAAAGACUUUAAAAAGACUUAGAAAUGGUCGUUAAUGAAAGAGAUAUUUUAAGUACUUAAUUGAUUAAAAGAAAUUAAGAAUUAAAAGUUUUAGAAGAAAAAAUUAAAUUAUAAUAAAGUAAUCUUACUAAAGGCGAAAUUUUUUAUAGAGAAAAAUAAUUAGAACUUCAAAGUCUUAAAAACGAACUUAAUUUAGUUAUUAAUGAACUGAAAAAUACUUAGGAAUAAAUAUCUUGUAUUCCUGAUCUUAGGAAUGAAAUUAAUUUAUUAUAAAAAGAUAUUUUGGCUGAAAAAACUAAAAUUAAAGCUCUUUAAGAUGAAUUAGAGAAUCCUCUUAAUGUACAUAGAUGGAGAAAAUUAGAAGCCACAGAUUAAGAUAAUUUUGAAAGAAUUCUUAAAAUUUAAACUUUAUAAAGAAGACUUAUUGCAAAAACGGAAGAAGUUUAAGAAAAAGAAAAAUUAAUUAAAGAAAAAGAAAAACUUUUUAUGGAACUUAAAAGCAUUUUAGCUAGAUAACCUGGACCUGAAAUACAUUAAUAAUUGGUCAGUUAUAAGGAUAGUUUAAAAGAAAAAACAGGAUAAAUGAAAAAAAUGUUAGCUGAAAUUAAAAAUACAAGAGAAUAAAUGCCUUUAUAAAUAAAUUAAUAAUAAUCAAAGCUUUAAAAUAAUUGA